AGGUUAGGUAGGUUGCUCAAAUGACUUCUCACUGAGUAGCCCGCAGUGAGCGCCAAGAGCCCUGAGGAGGGGCCUCUUCCUCCAUAGCAUGCUGGUCAGGCCCAGCCGCCAUCUUAGGUGAAGUCUCCGGGUAAGAACCUCAGGGUAGGCCGGGAUGACCCCCACCGUCUCAAAGGGGGGCAAGCAGGGCCAUCACCCCACUGAGUUAGGGGACCCCCAUGUCGAAGCCAGGCAGUGUGGCGGCCGUCCACCCUACCCACCACCUGGAUAGGCUUGACUAGGCCUCGGUCUUAGGGUUCCGUGUCUCCCUUUCCCAAAAGGGGCCCAGAAUCAGGUCGCUGAUUGUUCUCCAGGACUGGCACUUCUCAGUGCAGUUGCCUGUCGUGACUCAGCUCCAGAAGUUGCAUUUUUGGGACCAAAUUGCCUGAAUAGCAGAAGCUAUAGUGCCAUGAGUCUGCUCUGCUUGGCGGUCCGGCCCCCGCCUGGUGUGUGUGUGUGUGUGUGGUGGUUUUUUUACUCCUAAAUGACAGAGAAUUGAGCAGUGAGGCUGCAAGGGCAUGAUCUAUACAUCAAAACUGCUUCAUUUAACUGAAGUUGUUUUGGUGCCUAUAGUGUCUCUUUAAAUUAACACUAAUUUUAUCUAGUGGUUGGAAGGCUCUUUAGCCAUUGAUGUGGCAGCUGUGCACCAGGUGACCACAGGAUAUAGAAGUGUUGAAUGUGCGUAAAACCAAUAUGCCAGCCAGUAAAUGGAGUGCUCUGAUGUUACUCUAUAUUCUUGGUUCCCACAUAUUCUAAAAAUGAAGCAGAUGGUGUCACAGGUCUGAGUUUUUGCCCACUGGAUCACCUAUUAAUAAUUAAAAAUCAAGCCCAGUGGUGAAUGGAUAUGUUUUAGUAGCCCUCUAAUACAUAGCUAUGCAACAAAAGGUAUUUUUAUUUUUUAACAGCAAUAUCUUGCUGUAUGUGAAGCUGCAUUGCCACUUAAAGGGGGAAGUUAAUUGGGGAUAUAGUUAUGAAGUGCAUCUGAUGUGACUCUUCAUGCCAGAAAACUACUUUAUAUUCUGUCAGGCCUGCAAGAUAGUAUUUCAAUUAGAGCUGUCUUUUUGAAGACUCGUUCUUUAUUUUGCAAAGUAUUCUGUAAACUAGUGCUAAUUGGAGGAUAGCAUUUGCAGGUGUGCUAAUCUGUCCAGAUCUCAUGGGCACUACAAAAUGUCUGCCGACUUGCCUUCCAAAGUGGUACUUCAACUACUGUAUAGUGCGAUGAUUGGUGUUGUGAUAGACCCUUGUCAUGCACUUUCAACUCUACUAUAUACUUUAUACCUUAACCUGUCUUGCCUCUAAUUGUAUUACAGUAUGCUUACAUGUGCUUCUAUGUUUCCUUAAAAAGGGCUGCUGGUCUCAAAUAACGACAGGAACUGUAACUCCGUGCAUUCUCAUUGAAACCCCACAAAAAGAAACUGAAAUGUCUCCAGACAUGUCAAAGUUUACCCGAUACAGGUUUAAGAAUCUCUUCAUCAGCCCAUGUCCUCUGCCAGAGCUGAGGUGAGUAUUUUAUAUUUUAACACUUAGUUCAGGUUAUAAGAAUAAAUUUCUUGCAACAAAAUGAACUAUCCCUGUGUUUCUGAUUUUUGUUGUAAAUGGGCAGUCCAAUGAAGGCCUCUCUAGUUUGUACACAUGUCACUUUUAAGUGUAUCUGUAGCCUUGGCAAAAAACAUCUCCCAAGAUCCACUGCCAGCUAGUUAUAUCUUGCAUUAUUGACCCCUACAUGUCAUAACAUCUGAUUAGUAAAAUUACUUCUUUAAAUUGAGACUCCUACAGAGUAGCAAAAAUUUAAAAGUAACUUUGGAACACAAACCACUCCCUCUAAAGUGACUGAAAAAUUUUCAUUUACCUACAAACUUAAAACUCUUCUUGUUUUGUCUUGUAGCUGGGCAACUUCAAAUGAUGUGUGGGUGAAAAUGUUGGACAAAGAAACCAGGUACCUACACUCAAGUCAUGUACUUCAGAACCAUCACUUGCUGAACAGAGACAUGCGGUCAAUUCUAAUGGACUGGCUCAUAGAGGUAUGCUAUCCCUGCCUACACGUUGAGAUAGGAUAACUUUUUAUUUAUUGGGAGGGGAUAAUAAACACAGGUCACUGAACUUUUUUAAAAUAGGUCUUAACCUGGUGAUUUAUUUCCCUUUCCUCCAGAAAGUCCAUAUAUAAGUUAAACAUAUGUUGGCUAUAUUUAGCUACCAAUCACUUAUAUUUUAUUAUAUGCAAGCGUUUCUAAAAGGUUUACAAACUUUCAUAUCGAUGAGAAAAAGGAAGUGGUUUUUAGAAGCCAUUUUCUUUUUAUAAUAAAAGGUGCAAUGUACUUGGCUUAUGAGGGUGGGGGGAUUGACGCUUAAUAUUUAAAAAUGAGGGUUCAAUGUUUUUAUGUUGCCUCCUUCUUUCAGGUAUCUGAAGUCUACUCCCUACACAGGGAUACUUUCUACCUUGCUCAAGACUUCUUUGACAGGUUCAUGUUGACACAAAACAGUUUAAGCAAAUCCAUGCUUCAGCUCAUAGGAGUCACAUGUCUGUUCAUUGCUGCUAAACUAGAGGUGAGUCAAUGAUAUUCCAUAUGUUGGCAGCCACUACCCUCACACUGGGCAAGCCUUUCUUGUGUGGGUGAGGGAUUCCUUCAGGGCAAACGUCUUGCUUUGUACAUCUAAUCUUGUGAAUCACCACUUUAAAAAGCCUUAACUGAGCUAGCUAUACCCCCAUGCAGUGAGUGAGUUGACCUACUUUUAAUAGGUUUUCUUUCUAGUAUUUAAACUUGCUGCACGUGUAAUACACUCAAAGUGAAAUGUGUCUUCAUGUCCAAUGCUGUAGCUUGUAAUGUGUAGCACAGAGUAAAUAUUGCCAACAGAAUUCUGUAACAGAUGGCAUGUAGGCUAAUACAUGUGUUAAUCUAUAGGAGGAUGUCCAACUGUACUAGGUGCUUGUGUAAUAAAUAUUUCUCAAUUUAUAUUCUAGGAAAUCUAUCCACCUAAAAUCAAUGAGUUUGCCUAUGUCACAGAUGGUGCCUGUUGUGAGGAUGAUAUUAUUCAGAUGGAGCUCAUCAUACUGAAGGUAAGUCAUUGUACAGGUUCACUAUUCAGGGUCUGUUAAUGGACAUGUUUAUGUGUAGUCCCAUUACUAAUCCUAAACACUUGUUUGAUUUUUUUGCUCAUUCUCUUUUAACUUUCUUAGGCAUUAAAGUGGGAACUAUGUCCAGUUACUGCAAUCGCCUGGCUCAAUCUCUAUCUUCAAGUAUCUUCUCUUAAGGAAAUGCCAAAACUGCUGCUACCUCAGUACUCACAGGAACAGUUUAUCCAGAUAGCACAGGUAAGGACUCCUGUUUUUGUUGCUAAAAACAGUCUGGGAUCUUACUCAUUUUUUUUAAUCAUGCUAUUUAAAAUGGCUGCCUGUGUGGUGUUUAAAAAAAAUCACAUAAAACAAAAGUUAAAUUCUAAAUCUACCUCUGAAGCUACCUUGUAUAAAACUGCAUAUGCGAGGGAUAUAAUACACUUGACUAACUUAUCUUUAAAUCUGUUACAGCUUCUGGAUCUCUGUAUUCUAGACCUUCCCUCACUGGACUUUAAGUAUCGAAUUCUGGCAGCCGCUGCAUUAUACCACUAUACUUCAAUGGAAGUAGUUGCUAAAGCUACAGGUAAGAUUGCCAAUGCAUAGAGGUGAACAACAUUUGGGUAACCUGCAUAUUGUAUGCCAGUGGCAGAAUUGUGACGUCUGGUUUUUCUUGUACGUACAUAUGACUGUUACAAGCUGAAAUUUGGUUAACCCUCUUGCUCUUCCAUUGCAGGUCUAGAAUGGGAUUGCAUAUCUGAAUGUGUACAGUGGAUGACCCCUUUUGCAAGUGCUGCAAGAAGAAGCCCACCUAUAGAGCUACAAAUGACUAAAAAGGUGCUACCAGACGAUCUUCACAAUAUACAGACUCAUACAAACUACCUUGAGAUGCUGGUAUGUAUGUUUUGCAGCAUUCAACCCACCCUAUUGCAAUUAUCUUGUAUGUAGAGGUACACCAUGUUUUACUGAUCUAGAUUGGGUUCUCCACUGAAGAGUAAAUCUUCCAGAAUUCAAAGGGCAUAGAAAAAUAGGCCAAAAUAAUCAAACUGAAGACCUAGUGUGUGGGAGCUGAGCUGGAAACAAAACUAGAUUAGCAUUGUAGUGACCUAGUGCUACUGUAGUCAAGAUUGCGAAGUUUGCUAACUUACGAGGGGAUGCAGUCCCUUUCUUCAAUGAAAACCAGAAGAUCUUGGACAGAUCUUCUGUUGGCUACUUGGCAAUGUGAGAUCACCCAUUAACUGCUCUUGGCUCCAUGCAGUGAACAUCUUGGUUUUAUGGAGGGGAUUUGUAUCAUAACCAAAGCAUGCUGGCAUCACUAAAAUAUUUGACUUUUCCAAUUGAUUUUUAAAUAAGGAUUACUGAAUCGUCACUGUACUUUAAUGAUGGUAGGUGAUGGAAUUGAAUAUACACUUAAGAAAAAUAUAACUUUUUUUUUUUUUUUUUAAACCUUCUGUCACGUAGGAUGAAGUAGGAGCACACAGAGUUACUGUUCUGCUUGAUGGACAAUCUCCACUCUCAGUCGGAGGUAUCUUGACACCACCCAAAAGUACAGAGAAAAUUACUCUAUAAAAUAUUCUAGUUGGAUGUCUCUACUUCCUUUUUGUCAUCAACUCUUGUGUGAAGCUUUACGGUCUACUGGACAACGAGAUGUCUCCUGGAUGUUUUGGAAUAUGUGGCAAUUUUCAUGCAGGAGCCCUGUCUUGCACUCUCUAGUUUGCUAACUUAUUUAUUGCAGUAUUGUACUCCCUACUCUUGGGUCCAGGAACUUGGCUAUACAGGCAGCUCAAUUUUUAAAAGGUUACUAUUUUAACAAUAUGAAUUCUGUCAAAUUUUGGACUCUUAACACUUUCUUCUGGACUCACAUCUGUUGCUGGGAUGAGCUGUCACUUUAAUUUUAUUUCUAUCCCCCUACCCCUGCAAAAAAAAAUUAAACACCUGCCAAUGUGCCCUGCUCUAAUCCUAUAAACUGAUGGUUAUACACCUGCCUUAUCAGCAAAAGAACCUGAAAUACAUGCAGGUUUCUGCAUAUUGCUUCUACCCUUGGUUUGCUGUACUGCCUUAAAGUUGUGUUCUGUCACUUGAACACCAGAGCUUUCCUUACAGAUGUAGUGUAGUCUCCAUGGGAAUUGGGCAAAAACACUGCAUUUGCUUCCAAGGGUGAUCACCUUGUGUGGCUUAGUUUCUCGGUCUCCCCCUGUGAUUCUUGUUGGACACGGCCAGUUUUUUUUUUUUUUUUUCUCUUAACCAAGAAAGGAUGUUUAAAUGACUGGUUAAAUUAUUUUGUCUCUAUCAUAUAGCUGGUAUGGUGCUGCUUUCUUUGCUAAGGGGGGAACUAAAUCUCCCCUCUCACCUUCUCGGUAUAACAUUGCAUGGUUUCCAGGUGCUGGCAAUGUCUUGUUUUAAAUGCAGCGUAUAAAAGGAAUUUGUUUUAAUCCUAUUUUAAUUUGAGAUGUAUUUUUGGAGGGUGCCAUUUAACUGUACAGGCUUAAACGGUAUGGAGGGUUCUUGCAUGGGUGUAGUUAACCUAUAAAGUGCCAGGAAUUUGCCACAUGACCCUUGCAGCCAAAGGGUUACAUGCAUUGCCUUUUUAAUUUUUUUUUUUUUUUUAAAUAUAUUGCAUUUGCUAUGUAUUAAGUAAUUGUUACAAAUUGGAGCAAUUAACAUCUAAUUUGGCCUCCACGGUGAUUGCUUAAAGUGGAAAGUAGCAAAUGAUUCUCUGGCUAAAAGUGAGAUCCCCCAGAUGUUGUAGAACUAGAACUCUCAUGCUUUGCAUGUCUUAGAGUGACAAGGCAACAUGGAUGUUUGUAGCUUUAAAACAUCUGGGGAUCUACUUUUUGGGCACCCCUGCCACUAGAGCAGGGGUUUCCAACAGAGUCAAGUACCCCCUACCAUUCCAGGAUUACCAUGUUAUGUCAAGGGGAGGGGUGGUGGUAUGGGUACAUGAGGACUGGGUUGGGAACCACUGCCCUACAGCAUAGUCUUUGGGUUUUAUACUAAAUGGCAGCUGUUAUUUGCAAAUCUUUAUGAUGUAAUAUUUGCUACAACUGUUAAUGCUCUGAUUUUUAUAUUCAAAUGCUACAACUGUCUGUACGAAGAUAUUCCUACAUGUGUUCAUAACUUAUGUGAAAUACUAGAUUGCAAAUUUUUGGAAUGACUGCUGCAUUUAAGUUGAAAGAGGGUAUGAUUCCGCUCUUUAUUACCUGCCUAUGGAGUUUAUUUGAUUUUAAAGGAACACUAUCUGCUGUAGUUAAUGAUGCCUUUACACCAUAAGUAGUCAAACUAUUUGACAACUUUUAAUGGAUGCGCUGUGAUCUAGGAUGGCUGUGCAGAACUUGGCUCAUUCACUGAGUGUGCUCAGAUGACUCUUUCAGCCAAUGAGCUAGCAUUGCAUGAUUUAGCUCAGUGGAGGUAAACAAUUUGCAGGUGCUUCUAGCUUCACAGGUGCCUGUGACCAGUGGAUCCUACAUACAAUUUAAAAUUUAUUUAAAUUUUUUUUUUUUUUUUAAUUAUAUAAUGGUCUUACGAUUUAUCCUGGGUGUGUGCUAGAAUGUUGCCUGUGUGGGGGUCAUAUAAUUUUUUAUUUUUUUUUAAACUGGGAUCUGUAGGGAAGUUUGACAAUAAAACUGUCCACCUAAAAGUGUGCUAUUAUGUUUAACCUGUUGCAUUUUUAAUUUACUGUUAAAAUCCAGUUCUAGGCAGUGUCCAUCUGUUAAACAGCCAGGAGGGUCUUAAUCUUGCUAAAGAACCUCAUGUAACCUUAAGAUCUUGGCUCUGUUAGUGUAUGAUAAAUUAACAAUGAGCAUGUUUUUAUUGUGUUUUAUAGCUUUAUUUUAAGCUAAUAUUGAAGUCAAAGCUGCAAGUUUUGGGAUGAGAUUUAAUUGAAACUGUGAAACCCUACUGCAAAUAAAAGGUUAAUGAAAUCUACCAGCUUAGGGUGGUCUUGCCCUGAUUGCAGGUUUUAUUUUGGUUCCCCACCCAGCAGAUGCUUAAAGUAUUGAUGUGGCAUUCCAAACCUUUGUUUUCCUUAGUGUUGUUAGCAAAGCUUUUAAUUGUGAAAAAUGGUAACUUUAUUUUUGGCCCUGGCUUCACACUGCCAAAUGGUUUUUAGACAAAUGUUCUGUACAAUAUGUAAAUAUGUUCUGUAAAUGUAUACUUCACCUCUAGGAGGAAUACCGUGUGCACAAAUGUAAAUAUGUAUUAAAGUAAACAUGAUGAUUUAUUUUGGUCUCUUGUAAAUAUCUAUAAACACUGUACAGGGGCUGGUGCCAUUAGCUUCAGAAAUAGAGCUUGCCCAUUGCUUGGAGAAACCUCUUCUUCCGUCUCUGAGCAGCGAGUUGCAGCACCUCCUCUGGGUUACUGGAAUUCAGCUCAGUCUGCCCAAUGGCUUUAAUCUAUGAAGACAAUAGGAGAGGAAUGACCACUGGAACACAAUGACUUCUACCAUUUCAUUACCAUAACCAUAUAUUAAAUACUUCAAGUGCAAGAGAGCACUAGUAUUAAUAGCUCUUAACCUGCCUCUCUUGGCAAACUUAUUACCUCAUUUGGUUUCCACUACCACCUGUACGCUGAUGACACCCAGCUAUAUCUCUCCACCCCGGACCUCUCCCCUGCUGUCCUGCAACGUGUCACUGCUUGCCUUUCUUCCAUCUGACUGGAUGUCCUCCUGCUUUCUGAAACUCAAUCUCUCAAAAACUGAGCUCCUUGUCUUUCCUCCUCCUAAUACUGAUCCUCCUCUCUCGCUCCCCCUUCAAGUUUGUGGUACCAACAUCAGCCCAUCCUUGCAAGCGCGCUGUCUUGGCAUCAUACUUGACUCUGGUCUCACCUUUGAGCCUCACAUCCAGCAUGUUGCCAAAUCCUGUAGAUUCCAUCUUAAAAACAUAGCCCGCAUCCGCCCCUUUCUUGCACCAGAUACUACCAAGGAGCUUGUCCAUGCUCUAAUAAUU